GGAUUCCCCCAUAAAUCUGCCCCUUGACAUUUGUGAUAUCAGAUGUGAUUAAUGCUUCAGUGCUCUUUAAUGAAGCACUCGCUGUACGUCUCCAGCAUUCUUUACAGUAAAGGCAUCGAUAGCACAGUGGACAUCAAUGGGACUGCGUAACUCUCAUCCGAAGCUGUACCCCGGAGAUAUACUUGAGUUUCCUGGCAACAGUUACUUUUCUCAUUUUGCCGUUUACUAUGGUGAAAGAGACGGAGUUCCUUAUGUGGCCCAUUUGACCAUGAGAGAUUCAGACACCAAACUCCUUCUUUUCGGCCGGGCUAUAAACGCCUCUGUAAAGCUAGACCCGAUUGACGUAGUCGGGAAGAAAUACAAGGUAAGAAACUACUUGGAUGACAAGCAUCCACCAAGAGAUUUCUACGUUCUCAUCAAGCCAGAGAUCGAUGACAUCAUGACGAAACCCAUCACCUUUGACAUCUUGUUCAACAACAGCGAACAUCAGGCCACAAUGUUACGAUACGGGGUUAAAAAGUCAGAGCAGAUUGAAAAAGUCUAUUCCAAGAUAGUACCCACCUGGAAAGAUUUAUUUGAGAAGAAAAAGAUUUAAGAGCCACAUCUUCUGCAUGAAGACGCAAGACUUCAAGAUCAUACAAA